AUGGACGCCAUACUAGAAAUCCUCGACCCGUAUGUCUUUGACUACGGAUACGCAUACUUGUUCCCCCAACAAACAACACAAAUUCAGUACGGAAACUCAACGGGCUACGCGACAUCGUCUUCCAAAAACUUUGACGAUGAAUACUCGCUCAACUUUGGCUCAUCGCUACCGCGCGACGACAUUUACCGCCAGAGUGCCUCGAUUCUCAUGAUCGCUGGUUUUGGUGCUGCCUUUAUCUACGUUAUUUCCGCCGCCAUCUCGUAUUACUUUGUCUUUGACCGCCGUCUCGAACAUCAUCCUCGAUUCCUCAAGAACCAGAUCAAGCAAGAGAUUCAGUCUAGUUUCUUCGCCAUUCCCAUCAUCGAUCUUCUUACGCUCCCCUUUUUCCUUGGAGAGGUCCGCGGCCAUAGCUUGCUGUACACCAACAUUGACGAGUACGGUUGGUCGUGGCUGGCUAUCUCUACACUUCUGUACAUGGUCUUUAACGAUCUUGGUAUUUACUGGAUUCAUCGCCUUGAGCAUCACCCCAGCAUCUACAAAUAUAUCCACAAGCCUCACCAUAAGUGGAUUGUUCCUACACCUUGGGCUGCCAUUGCUUUCCACCCCGUUGACGGAUACGUCCAAUCUCUUCCUUACCAUAUUUUCGUCUACCUCUGCCCCAUGCAGAAGCACCUCUACAUGUUCCUCUUCGUCUGCGUUCAAGUCUGGACCAUCCUCAUUCACGAUGGCGACAUGAUUACCGGUCACUGGCUCGAGAGAUGGAUCAACAGCCCAGCCCACCACACACUCCACCACAUGUACUUCACCUGCAACUACGGUCAAUACUUCACCUGGGCCGACAACUACUGGGACUCCCACCGAGCUCCCAUGCCCGAGCUCGAUCCCAUCCACGAGGCCAUCAGGGUCAUGCAAGAGAAGGGACUCGCGGACAAGGAUGGUAACCCCAUCGAAAAGUCCAAGAGCGAGUAA